GAUACCCUCAAACGUGAUCUAGAGUUUACGACAAUUUCAACACUCGUUUAUCUGAUUAGAAUUCAUUCGCCGCUUGCUCGCAUAGCUUAGCGUCUGUCUCGUCCGCGAGGAAUUGAUACAUCUCACGAUAUGCACUUCUGCGAGCAAGUAUUUCGCCUAUUGUUAACAGUGAUUACAUUAUGUGGGGCCCUUGAGGUAAAUAUUAAAAGAAGGACAAGAUGUUUAAAAGACUGCAAGGCCAAGAAUAAACUGUUUCAUAAAUAUCCAGCUUUCUGUGACACGACAUAUUGUGGUCAAGAAUAUCUCAAGUCUUUAGUGGAAAAAGCCAGCAAUUCAGAAAGUACUUUACCGAAACCUGUUGCACCGAAACUGGUUGAGACUGGGUGGCAGAAAAUACGAGUACGUUUUAAUACAACAGAGCUGAAGAACCACAGCGAUGUUGAUUAUAUUUUAGAAGUGAAGCCAUUAUGGGGUCGUCACGAGAGAGGCCAGCACUAUGUUGUAUUUCCUUACAUAAAGCCAUACCUUCUUACCAAUCAUACAACGUAUACAAUUGAGGACCUCGAGCCGAAUACUGGUUAUAAAUUUAGAGUGCUCGCUCUAAAACAAAACAGAUGGUCGACAUUUAGUAACUGGAGUAGUGUCAUGAAUACAACUGACCUUUGCGAAGAACCUCCAUGUGGCGUAACAAAUAUCCGCUUGGAAUUGACAACCGAGAUACCUUAUCAAAAAAGGGUGAAUUUGAAAUCCUUUUUUCGUUGGAAGCCAAGUACUACAUUGAAACAAACAAGACUCGGCUGCCUGGCGUUCGUCAAGAAAUGGAAGUAAUAAGCGAGUGUCGAAAAAUUUAUGACGACGUUAAUCAAUUCCGUAAAAUCAAGAACACUGGAUUGGAUACUUUCAUUAAGCAAGAAAAUGCAAGCUCCACCUUCGAAGAGAAAAAAAAGCAUGUUUAUUAUAAUUGUUGGUACAAGUUAGAGAUGAAGGCUGUGGAUAAGUUUGAAGCAACGACGCUUUCCUUAGCAAAAAGGAAAUGGAUUUUCCAUAUACCCAAGUGUAUAAAGAUCAGUAAAACAAUUAUUUGCGGAUGUAAUUAUACGUUUGAUGGCGAUGAAGUAUAGUGAAAGGCCAGAUGAAUGCGACUUACAAAAGAACAUCAGAAAAAACUGCUACUGUACAUUUUACUUGGAAUGAUACAAUUUGGAGAAAUCUGAGUAACUUUACCUAUCACGCAUUUACGAUAUACCAUGACGAGGAGUUUUUAAAAACGGAACCGAAGCCUUUCUAUACGAAAUACUACAAUGUAACAUCGAAAGUUUCUAGUUACAACGCCACAUUACAUAAUUUAACAAUUGGAGAUACGUAUGAUGCAUAUAUUAAAGCAUUCGCAGAUCAUCACUGUGAACACGCAGAAAGACAUAAUCUUUUCUUUACUGUUGGUUUUCCAUGCGAACAUAAAGUUUGUCCUAAGAAUAGUUCGUGUCGUAGGGUUGGAAACCAUGGUAAAAAAAGUGAAUGUAUAUGCCAUGGUGGUUUGGUAUUGCGUAAUAAAAAAUGCAUAGAUGAAAAACCAUGCGAGAAAAAUCCUUGUGGACCAAAAGAGACAUGCAAACCGAUUGCAGAAACGGGAAAAUAUAACUGCACAUGCGAAGACAACCGAGUGAAAAUAAAUGGAAUUUGUACAUGCAAAGGCAACCUAGUGGAAAUAAAUGGGGUUUGUGACUUAAAAGAAACCGGGAAUAAGAACGUGGAAAAUUACACAAAUGUUGUAGUUGUCGCCGUCUUAACGCCUCUGGCUGUGAUUCUGAUUGCUAUAAUCUUCAUCGUUUGGUUACGUAGACGUCACAACAAGCAAAUGACUUUUAUAGAAACAGAAUUUGAAAACGCUAUGGAAACUAUAAUUACAAAUAGGAGCAUCAUCAAUGUACGAUCUAUUGAUCUCGAUCUGCUGGGAGACGGAGUGAAUACAAAAGAGAUGAAUUUGAUUUACGUUUCUCAAGACAACAUUUACGAGAUUCCGGAAGAUAUAUUGGAGCCGAUUAGUCGAUAUGAACUUCCUCCGGAUUCUGUGCGACUUCGCCGAAUCAUUGGCAAAGGAGCGUUUGGCAGAGUAUACGCUGGUGAAGCCCAUGGAAUUAACGGAAAUCCUGAAUUGACAGCAGUUGCCAUAAAAACACUAAAAGAAUCCGCUAAUGAAGACGAACUUAGUGACUUCUUACGGGAAAUUGAUCUAAUGAAAGACCUUGGAGAACAUGAAAAUGUCAUUAAUAUGUACGGUUGCUGCACAAAGUGUCGUCCAAUAUGCCUAGUGUUGGAAUACGCGCCAGGUGGAAAUUUGCUCAAUUACCUGAGAGCUCUUAAAAAGAAGUGUAAAGAUAUCGUGGCUGCGCAGUCACACGAAGUGACAAAUUCUACCAACGAUCAUGCAGAAGAUUCCAAUGCGGAGAUCUCAAACAGAAUAAAAGAGGAAAUUCGAGCUGCUUUAGAUUCCAAGCAAUUAGAAUCGUUUUCGUAUCAAAUAGCUGCUGGAAUGAAACACAUUUCUGACCAUGGCAUCGUACAUCGUGACUUGGCUGCAAGAAAUAUACUACUUGGCAAAGACAAAACUUUGAAAAUAUCAGAUUUUGGUCUAUCACGUGAAGGAGCAUACGUGCAAAAAUCUAUGGGGAGAAUUCCUUUCCGGUGGUUGGCAAUUGAAGCGAUACAAGAACGAAGUUAUUCUACCGCCAGUGACGUCUGGGCGUUUGGAGUUGUCUUGUGGGAAAUAUGUACAUUAGGGGAGAUACCUUACCCAGAAGUCUCGGACAGGGAACUCCGGAAUUUUCUACUAAAUGGAAAGAGAUUGGAGAAAGUUGAAAACUGCACGGAUGAUAUAUAUAAGAUAAUGUCAAGUUGCUGGAGUCAACUACCAGAAAACAGACCAACAUUUGAGGAACUGCACGAUAGAUUGUUGGAAUUAUGGAUUAAAGGAAAAAUCUAUGUCAAUGUAGACAGACUAAUGAAACAAUCUUUUGAAACUGAAGGUCGUGGAAAUCAGUCCGAUGAGAUAGGAGAGGAAUAAAAAUGCUAUUAUCUAAUAUUUUGCUCUCGAGUGAAUAAUAUUGGUAAAUGUAGGAUGUAGGAUGAAGACAUUAUGUUUUCUUUAACUGAAACAAUAGAAACGAUAUAAUUAAAAAAUCACGCAACAUGCAAGGUUCAGGUCCCUAAUAUGAUUAUGCUAUUGGAAAUAUCUUAUUCCAAUAUGAUCAAGAAUAAUACGUCCUAGGUAUCCUAGCCUUUGGAAAUAUUUUUUAUUAGCUCAAAUUAAAGUGCUCACUUUCCUAAUUUUAUUUCUGAAAACAGAAUCAAAAUUGGCUUUUUCAAAAGAUUUUAUAUAGCUCUCUCGAGUCGUGAUUUUUGCCACUUCCUGUGCGAACUUUUGCUCCGCCAUGCUUGUGACGUAGAAAAGAGUACCGAUUCUUAGUAUGGCGUAGAAAUACUAGUGUUACCUCUUCGGCAGGCCUUUUCGGGCAAAUAU